CGGACCGUAAUGUCGGUGUUAAAAAUGAUCAGAUGUCUCGUUUGUGAAAGAAAUUAAUUAUUUUCGUGUGUGUAUUUUUGCUUGAAUGAGAAGAAAAAUUAGCACAGAAAUGCUUCUGUAAUUAAUGAAAAACACAAACAAUGUGGUAUGGCCAGCUCAUCUAACGUUUCCAUUGAUGAAAGUGAUGCUGAUACUACAAACAGUAGCAUAGUUCCAGAACAGAAUGGUUUUAACAAUUCUGAAAUUGCUGUUGACAGAUAUGGAUUUAUUGGUAGCAAAGGUGCAAAUUAUUCCACUGUCAUACCAGUAGAUGUUUUGAGACAACGAGAAUUAAAAUGGCUCGAAAUGUUAGAAAACUGGGAUCUGUUUAUGACCAAAAAGUAUAAAAAAGUUAGAGAGAGAUGUAGGAAAGGUAUACCUCCAGCAUUACGAGCCAGAGCUUGGCAGUAUCUGUGUGGGGCAAAAUUUUAUAUGGAUAGUUGCAGGCACAAGUUUACAGAACUUGAUGGUGCAGCAGGUGAUCCAAGAUGUGUUGAAGAUAUAAAGAAAGAUCUUCACCGUCAGUUUCCUUCUCAUGAAAUUUUUGUGAAAUCUCAAGGCCAUGGGCAAGCUGAUCUGUUUAGGAUAUUAAAAGCGUAUUCACUCUUCAAUCCAUCUGUUGGGUACUGCCAAGCUCAAGCACCAAUAGCUGCUGCAUUAUUGAUGCACAUGCCUGCAGAACAAGCUUUCUGGUGCCUUGUGGCUAUCUGUGAAAAGUAUUUACCCGGUUAUUAUAGUCCUGGUUUGGAAGCUAUUCAAAUUGAUGGUGAAAUUUUAUUCGGGCUCUUGAAAAAAGUUUGUCCUUCUGUACAUAAACAUUUGAAAAAGCAAAGGGUGGAGCCUAUUUUGUACAUGACUGAGUGGUUUAUGUGUGCUUUUUCAAGAACUUUGCCAUGGUCAUCUGUAUUAAGAGUUUGGGAUAUGUUUCUGUGUGAAGGUAUCAAAGUAUUAUUCAAAGUUGCUCUUGUUAUUCUGAAAAAUGUCUUAGGAAAACCUGAAACAUUAAGAAACUGUCCUACAAUGUAUGAAACUUUAGAAUGUUUGCGCCAUAUUCCUUCUGAAUAUUUACAAGAUGACUUUCUCAUUUCUCAGAUUUUAAAGCUAAACAUAACUGAGCAUGAUAUGGAGAAAGAACAUCAAAGGCAAAUAGCAAAAAGACGCACUCUUAGGGAGCAGCAGAUAAUGCAGGAUAAUAUUAAUGGGACUUCAAAGAAUGCAUCUAAAAGCUCUCGUCGCAAGGAAUGAAAUCCUUUGGCACUUUCUGUUGAUAUGUUUAGUGAUCAAUUUAGCAGUAUCAGAAGCUGCUACUUUGGAUAUUUUAAAUUUAUUUUUACUAUCUUUGACAUGAAGAAAUGGUAUAAGAAAUUGAUUUAAACCUUUUUUAGUUUAAUAGAGCUUAACAAGUUUAAGAAAAAUAGAUUAACACUUGUUACUAUGAAAUUUCUUAAUUGUUUCAUAUAAUUAAUAAGAAAUAUGGAAUCAGAUUGCGUAAGUUAAUGUCAAAUAUUCCAUUUUAUCAUCACUAAAUAAUAUUGUCAGAGUUAACUAGAAAACAUUUUUCUUUACAACUUUUGAGAAAU